UCAAAAUAGUUAUUGUAGUUAAAAUUAUUAAUUGACGAAUAUUUUAUGUAGCAUAUCAUUUUGAUUGUCGCAAAACAAAAAAUUACAAAUAAUUAAAAUCUAUUAUCUAUAAGGAAUAUUAUAUAUUACAAAUCGAACAAACACCUAUACAUUCUUGUGUUGUGAAAUAUUAUGUAUGUUUAUUCUAUUAAAAUAAACAUCUGUGCAAGUGCACUAAUCAAACUAUAUUAUCUAAUUAAAACAAUAUAAUAUAAAUUAUACAUGUAAAUUAUACAAUUAUCUAAUUGAAAAUAAAUUAUUUAUUAAUUAUUAUACUAUAUUUAUUUAAUAAAUAUUUAUAUCUGUGUAUAAAAUAUUCUGCACAAGAGCACAUAUUCAGCUAAUCUAUUAUUAUUCUACAAAAAAUUAUUGAAUAAAAUUAUGUCGCUAUACAAUUAUGAAUGUGAUAUUUCACUAUUCAGGUAAUACGAAUCAUACCUAAUAAUUAUAUAUAUAGAUAAUUAGAUUAUUCAAACUUUUUUUUUUGAAACUCUGAUUAUUCAAACUAAAUAAUAGAAAUCAACUAAAAAUAUGAUAGGUAAUAGACUGAAAAACAAUACAUAUCUCUUCUUUUUUUUUUAUUGCAGCAUACCGUCUUUUUAUGUGAUGCCUGUUUUGUGUUUGUCAUUGUUCUUUCUUUCUUUCAACAACGGAUACCCAACUCACUUAUGUCAUUAACCCAAUCGAGGAGAAUUAGGAUCAUUGACCAAAUAUUGGUCAUUUAUGGUCGCAGACCAAAUUCUCCCAAAAAUUAAAGGAUAAAUUGACUAGAUCGAUCUGUAUUCUCUAGCUUUCAUUGAUGUAAACCAAAUUCUAAUACAUUGAACAAUUCUGAAACACGACUAAGGGGUUGUAUCUAAUAUUAUGCAAAACAAUAUAUAACCAUAACCACUUUAAGUUACAAACAAUAUAUAACGAAGCGAUGGCUUCUCUCUAUUCUUGUUUUGUUGUCGGUUCUCUGGCAGUUUUGUUACAGUUUCUCUUUGUCUCUGCUUCAACAAAAUCCAUCAACGCCAUAUGCCAAAGUGUCACUGACAAAGCCUUCUGCGUCAAUACUUUGACUGCGUAUCCUCCGGCCGCUUCUGCCACCAGCACGUUCCAAGCGGCUGAGGCGGCGCUCAGCCUUAGCAUAUCCUACGCCGGGAAAUCAGCAAGUUUCGCCGCAAAUGCGGCAAACCAGAAUCCAAACAUGAAGAAGCAGUUCGCUGCGUGUAAGGAUGCAUAUGCGACAAUUAUAGCAUCUAUCAAGAGUGCUGCCGCAGAACUCAAGGAAUCUCCAGAUACGGCUAACUAUGAUGUCAUGGUUUGUAGGGACAGCUCGACGAUCGUGAAGAAUUUGAUCAGGAAAAAUGUAGACAAGGAUUCGAAGAUGCUUAUAAAGAUGACAUUGAUGAUGGAGAGGCUUCUUGCUAUUGCUGUUGGAGCCACCGUUGCUGUUGGUGGGUAAAGACAAGGACGAGGAGAUUAUUUAAUACUAAGAAAUACCACUACAAGAAAACAGCGGCAUACUGAGGGAAAAAAUCGUCGGUAUGUC